AUGGCAAUAUUACAUCGCUAUAGCCAACCAUCAAUGCUUGGAAACAGGAUAUUGAAGAUUGGAUCAUUUAAAAAAUUACAAGUCCAUGAUCGCAGCGAGGCCGCCAAAGCAGCAGCCACAGAAGGCACGACAGGAAGCGAUGCAAAUGACAGUUUGGAGGACGAUGAGUCGAAGACUACGAAGAAGCCAGAUAUGGCUCCAGGAAUGAAACUGUGUGCUGCAGCGGCCUGUAUCGCUUUGCUGGUGAACAUUAUUCUCGCCAUCACUGCUUUCAGCAUUGGUUAUUCGAGACCGAAGCAGGACGGAAUUGCGACAGUAUCAUUGUAUGAAGGAAGCUGUACUACCACAAAGCAAUCGUCUAUCGGACUCCACCUGCUCAUCAACGUUCUGGGGACGAUAAUUCUAUCCACCAGUAACUAUUGCGCUCAAUUCGUCGCCGCGCCUACAAGGUAUAACUCUGUUAUAGUCUCGUCUCAAGGGUCCAAUGAGUACAAUAUAUACAUCGCUCCCGCAGACUACGAUGGUACUCAGCCGUUGCAUCUUCAUCAAAAUUCCAGCUCUUGUUUCCAAUCAGAAAUGGACCAGUCAUUGUUCAGCUUCAGCUCGAACAUCGAACGCGAGAAGCCGAAAAGUCUCACGAAAGAGCAAUGCGUCGAUGUCUUUUCUGUUAGCUACCUCGCUGGGCACGGGGAGUUAAUUAUCUUGUCCAACAACGUCACAUGGAAUGAUCAAGAUACCCUACUCUCGGCGGGUGUGGGAAAUUCAGUGAACAACUAUGGACCGUUGGUCACCGCAGCGCCGUACGGGUGGAUGUGUAUUGGGAACUACUACACAUGCACCAAAUCACGGUUACAAAAGGACUUAGCCAACUGGCAGAUUCUUGGAACGAAUUGGUCACGGACCGAGUGGCGAUUGACGAUCCCAUAUUUCAAUGAUACAACCGCGAGCUUUGACUCAAGCCAUCUGCCAUCGUGUCUGUCGCGAAACAACAGAGAUCCUCUAUGCGUUGACAUCACUCAGCUGAUUCAUUAUGUCUGGUCUCCUAUGCCGAGAACUCGCGAGGAAAUCCAGCAUCAUUUGGAUAAUCCAGGCAAUUGGGAGAAUAGCACGUGGGCCAAAAAUAUAGACUUCUUCGCCGAAGACAGCGUCGUCUGCAUCGUUUUCAUUGCGUUCUAUGAACGCGAACCUCGUCUUCUGACUAUCGGCGACGCCAUCGCGUCUUUCCUUUCAAAUCCCGAUCCGAUAACGCAAGGUCGAUGUCUAUCACCCAAAGACGACUGGAAAAGUGAACACGGGCAUUGGAAUGGCACUGGAAGCCACGUUAUCCCAAGAAGACUCCGCCGACAAACAACGCGAUGGUGGAAAUCUGGUAACGUUCUGCAAUGGGGCUUCACGCUUAUUUUAUGUGUCGGCUGCAUCGUUGCUUCCGGCCUAUUGCUCAACCGUGGUCUCAGCGAUUAUAGACUGGUUUCAAACACCGGCACAAGCUUGAAUGCUCUUUGGAAACUAGGGCUAGGCGCAAUGAACGCUUCCACAAUCAUAUUCCGCAUAAAUUCCACGAUCCUGGGGAAUGUCCUCGUGGCAAAUACUCCGCAGCUCGCUAUUUCCUUGUCAUAUUUCUUCUACAACACGAUCCUAACUUCCAUGGUCAUGGCUGCCGAAUACGACGGGUAUGCUGUGGCGAGUACAAGGACCACAACAAAUGCUGAGAAACCCAGGUCUACGCCAAAGAAAGGUUUGCGUGUUUCGGGACCGCGUGAAGGUUCUCAACGUUCCACAUACUGGCUCAGCCUUCCAUACCGCUAUAGCAUCCCGCUCCUCGUGAGCUACACCGUCCUUCACUGGUUGGUUUCUGAAAGUAUCUUCUAUGUCCGAGUCAUCAUGUAUGAUGCAACACAGAAACGCGUGCCAGAUGCGGACGUCAACGCAUGCGGCUGGUCACCCAUGGCGCUGGUGCUGGCAAUAGCGGUAGGCAGCUUGAUGGUACUGGCUCUUGGCGUCCUAUCGAUGAGGACGUAUGGGUCAUGUAUUCCCCUGGCUGGAAGCUGCAGUGCUGCGAUUAGCGCAGCUUGCCACCCCCCGCGACAUGAUGUCAAUCCGGGAACGAAGCCUAUUAUAUGGGGCGAAAUUGUACCAGCAAGGAAUUCCAUUGGGGAUAGGGCAUCCUUGGAAAUGGAAUGUGUUGAUUCCGACUGUAAUGGGGAGACUCGUUUUCCGCAUUGCAGUUUCACGUCCUGCGAUGUAGUACAGCCUUCAGAGGGUCAAAUGUACAUGUAA